AUGUCCCUGCAUACGGUUGCUUAUAAGGAACCACACAAAUCGCCGUUGUCAAUCAGUGGAAACACUGCCAACGGUACGAUUCCAGCAAAAACACCAUUUUCUAUCGAGGAUAUCCUGUUUCAAAAUGGAAACGGUAAUAAUAACAAUAGCAGUAAUACCAACUUUAACGUGAAACCCGUCGGCGAAACGAAGCUGCACGGUUCAUCACCCGGUUCGCAAGUGAUCGAUAGUGGUGGCAGCAAUAGCAGUAGUAGUGUGUCGCUGGAUUCCUGCGGCGGAACCCGAAAGGUUCCACAAUUUGUGAAUAAUAACAGAAACGUGGACGGUUACAAUAAUAGCGGUAAUUUAGGUGCUAAUAAAGUGAUAAGCGGUGGUGGAACGAGCAAUAGUGGAAACAAUAGAGAGGUGAACGGCACCGGUAACGGUGACGAGGAUUAUCGGAAAGCAUUCCAUGCAGAAAGGUACAACAAAAUACCCCACCCUCCGAAUGGUCCACCCAACGGCAGCUCCACCGGACCACAUGGACCACACUUCGGCAGCCCGAAUCCAAGCGUCAUCUACUCCGGCAAUCCGUAUGGCGACCCGGGAUACCUGCAAAUGGCGCUGGGUGCUUACCUCGCUCCAUCCGCUAGUGGGUACAAGACGGUGGACCCGUACUUCCUUUCGCAGGCAGGUUUGUUCGCCGGUUCUCCGCUCUUCCCUGGUGGCGGCUGCCCUGACAUAGCUCUAGGUCUGGGCAUGGGUAUGAGUGCUUUGCGGCACUGUCGGCGACGGAAAGCCCGAACAGUAUUCAGUGACCCACAGCUGACCGGUCUCGAAAAACGUUUCGAAGCUCAGAGGUACCUUUCGACUCCGGAACGAGUUGAGCUGGCUUCUGCGUUGGGUCUGAGUGAGACCCAGGUUAAGACGUGGUUCCAAAAUCGCCGAAUGAAACACAAAAAGCAACUGCGUCGAAGGGAAGUCAACAAUACUGAACCUGUUGACUUUUCCCGUAACGAAUCCGGCUCUAUAUCAGGUCCUGUUACCAGCGGAGGCGCAUCAUCAGUGCAGGCGGGCGCUUCCGGUGCCGGUAAUGGAGCCAGUCGACUUAGUGCCGUCGGUAGCGGUUCGGCUGGGAACAAAAAUGGCUUCGCAAUGUACGGAAGCAGUAACAACAGUGGCGGACAGAAGCAAUCCGGCAAAGCGUUGGCUAUCGGUACACCGAUAGGCGGAAUUCUCAAGGAACUGCAUCAUAGUUCUACAAAUUCGCCGUUUAGUCUAGUUCGACGAACGAUGUUAAACCGAAGCGGGGACGGUCUCAGUGAUGACGACGAUGACUUUGUUAACGAUUCAGAUGAGGAUUGUAGUGAUGUAGACAUCGUAGGAGACGAAAAGGGUUACAUGACCUAG